AUGGAGCCGCCGCUGGAGCCUGCGCCAGGACGGAGAGGGAGACGCCUGCUGCCGCUGCUGCUUCUGUGGGCUCUCGCCAUCGCAUUGGCCGGCGGUGCGACCGCGUGGCCUCACCCUCACGGUCACGGCGGCUCCGUCGGCCUUGGCGCCUCCGCCUCCGCCGGUGCUGGUGCCGGCAGGACCAUGGAGGCCGGCGGCGAGCGGGGGUACAGGGAUCUGGCGCUCAGGAGGAUGGAGAGCGUCAGAUCCUCCUUCGGGGCCAGAAGAGAUUUGGCAACGGCUUCGGCGAGCGCGCGGGUGUACCACGUGACGGACUACGGUGCGGACCCGACCGGCGCCGCCGACGCCACGGCGGCGAUCAACAAGGCCAUAGCGGACGCGUUCCGCUCGCCGUCCAACGCCACCAUGACCGGCGGCAUCCCGGACCUCGGCGGUGCCGAGGUGCACCUCGACGGCGGCACGUACCUCAUCAAGGGGCCCCUCACGCUGCCGGCAUCCGGCGGCGGAAACUUCAAGAUCCACAGCGGGUCGCUGCGCGCGUCCGACGACUUCCCGACGGACCGGUACCUGAUCGAGCUGUCGGCGUCCAAGAGCAACGGCGGCGGGCGGAGCUACGACUACGAGUACGCCACGCUGCGUGACCUGAUGCUGGACUGCAGCUACCGCGGCGGCGGCGUGACGGUGGUGGACUCGCUCCGCGUCGCCAUCGACAACUGCUACGUGGCGCACUUCGCGUCCGACGGCAUCGCGGUGCGCGGCGGGCACGAGACGUUCAUCCGCAACACCUUCCUCGGCCAGCACAUGACGGCCGGGGGCGACCCCGGGGAGCGCGGCUUCACGGGCACGGGGAUCCGCCUCGACGGCAACGACAACUCCGUGUCCGACGUCGUCAUCUUCUCCGCGGCCACGGGGAUCAUGGUCACCGCGCCGGCCAACUCCAUCUCCGGCGUGCAUUGCUACAACAAGGCCACGGGCUUCGGGGGCAUGGGCAUCUACCUCAAGAUCCCGGGGCUCACGCAGGCGUGGAUCAGCAACUCCUACAUGGACUACACCAGCAUCGUCGCCGAGGACCCCGUGCUCCUCCACGUGUCCGGGUCCUUCUUCCUCGGCGACGCCAACGUCGUGCUCAAGGCCGUCAACGGCGUCGCCAGGGGCGUCCAGGUCGUCGGCAACAUCUUCAGCGGCCGGGAUAAGGGCGUCGACAUCGUCCAGCUGGACGGCAAGUUUACCACCGUGGACCAGGUGUACGUGCAGCAGAACUCCGCCACGGGGAUGACCAUCAAGUCCACCUCGGCGCGCGCGUCGGCCGAGGGCAACGGGAGCUCCUGGACGCUCGACUUCUCGCCGGUGCUGCUGUUCCCGGAUCGCAUCGGCCACGUGCAGUACUCGUUGGUCACCGGCGACGAGUUCCCGGGCCACACGCUCCGGAACGUGUCCGGCAACCAGGUCGUCGUCGCCACAGACAAGGCCGUGUCAGCCACGGUUCACGUGCUGGUGGACCAGAACAGCGACUGA